GUAAAUUGGAAAAAACGAUUUACUGUUUGUUAUAUUGGCUGAUGUUGGCUGACUUGACAAUGCAAUCAUGGAUGCUCAUACCGUGCGCGGGACUUUGUAAACAACAUGGUUAUUCAUGUUAAAUGUAAUUCUAAUGCGUUCAAAUCGGAGAGUAAUGUGCAUUACAUGCCGUGUAAAAUUAAUUUUGAUGGGAAUGCCACCGUUUCGAAGUAUUUACAGCCUUGUGUUAAAAGUGGAAGCACAGGCCUAACUGUUUCUUUUCGGGGACAUCCUUUAAAUGGAAAAGAGAUAAAUCUGCCUACUAAUUACAAAGGGAUUGUGUUACAAGAAAGAGUAAAGCCACUGACAGAAGAUGCUGACAGAAACUUGCACGUUGUUAACACUUUUAAAUCUAUCACUUAUUGGAACUGGGAUAAAAUUCCAAAUCAUGAUGAUGCUUUUAUAGCUGCCAUGGAUUGGAUUGACAUAGCAGAAGCUUUGCAUUCUCCAGUUCAAGAUGAGUAACUUCACGGUGUGACUUACAAUCUGCAGAGGAGGUUGCUUUGAUAUACCUCAUCAGCAUUGUUCGUAUGAAGAAAGUGGCUUUGUUAGUGGUUUAUUGAUACUGUAUCAUCACAUUGAAAAUAACUGGUUAUAUUUGCUCUUGUGGGGUAACUUAUAAGUAUCCUAUUAGCCAAUUGUGGGUACAAUAACUGGAGGUUGAUAUUCUCUAUUUUGGAACAAUUAAGUCUGUGAAUUGGUGAAAUUGUGCAUAACUAUUUUCAAAAAUAGAUCAGAACAUUGAUAACAGGACACACAAAAGUGAAACAAUGUCGAUUUCAAAGCAUUUAAAUGAAGUGAAUAUUCUUGAUGAGAUUUUGGGAAAUUCUCAAGAUGUAUAUGAAUAUCUGGCCAAAGAAGAAAUGGGUUCAGAAGAGCAACUUGAGGAAUGUAAAGAAAACAAAGACGGCAAAUGUAAAACGUCUGAUAAAGAUUCAAAUCUGAAGAAAGAAAAGGAGGGACAACAAUUACAGAAAAUUGAGAGUGAAGGGAAUGAGUCCCCUGAAAUUGAGAAACAUGGAAAUAAAAUUGUUACAGAAGAGGAAGAGGAGGAAGAAGAGGAAAAAUUGGCCCUGUCUCAAACGACUGAAACCACCCAAGAAAAAGAAGAAACAGAUGAGGGUUUGACGGUUGAUAAGUUUCCCAUAAAGGAAGAAAGUGAAGAUAAAAUUGAUUCUCAGAACAUAGGGAAAAUUGAUGGAGAGAAUAAAAUAGCUAGUAGUUCAGAAGAUAUAAAUUUACAACUCAUGGAAGAAAACAAUAUGAGUGAUGAACUGAAGGAAUGUGAUGACUUGCAGGAAUAUGAUACCAGAAGUGAAGUGACUUCCUCAUCUUCAGAGGGAGAUUCUAGUAUGAAUAGCAUGAGCUCUAGCAGUUCAGAUACAGAACAUGAAUCUCCUGGGGAACCCGAAGACAAAGGAGAAGCAACAGGUAAAAGAAAAGUGAAAACCUCAAGAGAAUGCAGAAGUCCUGUUCAUAGUCAUAGUUCAAAGAGAUCGAAAGCUGGAAGAAAAGCAAAAUCAUAUGACUAUAUCACAAAGUUGAAUUAUUUAUUUCGAGACGCUCGAUUUUUUGUUAUCAAAAGCAACAACGCAGAAAAUGUAACCUUGUCUAAAGCAAAAGGAGUGUGGUCAACUCCUCCCCAGAAUGAAGCAAAACUUAAUCAAGCAUUCCGUGAAUCUCGAAAUGUUUUACUCAUUUACUCUGUAAAAGAGAGCGGAAAAUUUGCAGGAUUUGCUCGUUUAGAAUGUGAAUCACGCCGAGAUGUGCCUCCUAUUUCAUGGGUCCUACCUCAUGGUCUGUCUGCAAAUGCUCUGGGUGGUGUCUUUAAAGUUGACUGGGUAUGUAGGAAAGAAUUGGCGUUUUCUAAAACACAGCAUUUAUAUAACCCGUGGAAUGAAGGGAAACCAGUUAAAAUAGGAAGAGAUGGACAGGAAAUUGAACCUAGAGUUGCCGAGGAACUGUGUAGAUUAUUUCCAAUGGAUGAAGGAAUAGACAUGAACCCCAUUUUACGGAAAUCAAAAGAAGCAUCUCGCACUAUGCGACUUCGACCACAUAGUCGCCCUCUUCACCGGCCACUGACUACCUCUGGAAGAGGACAUGGCCACAGUGCUGGAGGGCGGGGUAGGCGCCGGCACCUUGAUGAUAGUUAUGAUCCUCGACCAAAGCGAAGUAGAGGCCCUUCAAUGUAUGCAUCAUCCUACUUCAAGGAACAUCGGCGAGACAGAUCCCCUGGAAGAUAUUCAGUGAGUCGUGAUCGAGGGUAUCAUGGAGUUCACCAGAAUUAUUCAGAUUUCAUGCGUGACUUUUAUCCUCGUGGAGGACCUCCCUUAGCUCCCAUGCCUUAUCCUCCAUUGCCACCAUUUGUUGAUUCUCUCCCCCCUCCUCCUCCCCCCAGGUAUUACGAUGGACCCCCAUUGCCGGAUUAUGGGAAUUUGAGAUCUAGUCGAUCCGACAAAAGAUCCUAUGAUCGAUCAGUUGAAGAAUUUCUUCGCAGAACAACAGAACGAAGAGAUCGUGAUCGUGAAAGGCGAUACCGAGACAGACGAUGAUAAAAACAUCUGCUUACAAUUUUCUAUGCUUAACUGUGUGACAGAGUAUCAGGGGUUUGUGUGCCAGAAAAAAUGUAUAGGUAGCUUUGUUGUGUUUUUGGACCAUCUAUAUAUAUAUAUAAUUAUUUUUUUUAAUUUAAUGCGUAUUUCUGUUUAUUGAAGACCUAGAAGUGAAGUGUACUGUAUGUGUUGAGUAUGUAGAAGAACAAAUGAAACGUGAGUCAAUAAACCAUUUUGACAAAUUAUUAUUAUUUUUUGCACUAAAACUCCUAGGGUUUUAUGUACAUGUCCG